AUGGAGGAUUCUGAACAUACUUUGAGCACAACAAUCAAGACAAAUAUUCAGAUGGAUGAGGAUGGUCUAGGUUUCAUACUGAUUCAGAAUGGGCCUUAUCUCCAGAUUUCUGGUCUGGUAGAGAAAGGUGCUGCUGCCAGAGAUGGCAAACUCCAAGCAGGAAUCCUGCUUUUCAUUUCAGGUGAUACCCUACUCAAAAUCGGACAUGCUAAUGUCUUAGGGUGGACCCUGCGAGAACUGAGGCAGCUUCUGCACACUGUUCCUAUAGGGACGGUUCUGCAAAUCCAGGUUUAUAGGGAUUUCAUUAAAAUUCCAGGCCGGUGGGAAACUGCUCUCAAGAACAUUCCUGAAUUAAAGGGACCCGCAAUAGAGCUUGCUGGAACUCCUCAUUUUCUACAUUUUAGCACAGCAAGUUACACCAGUGAAGAAAAUUGGACAAGCAGUGAAGACUCAGAUAAUGAGAGCGAAGAUAAGACUGAAGAUAAGACUGAAGAUAAGACUGAAAAUAAGAUUGAAGAUAAGAUUGAAAAUAAGAUUGAAGAUACUGAUGGCAGUACUGAGGAGAGCUACCAGGAAGAAGUUCCUGUUAGAACUUUAUCUGUGGGCAGUUUAAAUGUUAAACUAAUGCACUCAGUUAACGUUAAAGCUGUGCGCUCACUUUCUUUUGAACCUUCCAAUCAACCCAAGUGGAUCUCUAAAGACUGGCACAUCUUUGAAAGGAAAACCUAUACGUUUACUGUGGGUUCUGAUAUCGGUUGUGACAUUAUGAUCCACAAAGAUUUUGAAGCUGAAAGUGAUGUUGACAUUUCAACUUUACAUUUAUCAUCAUCAUCUCCAUACUGGACUAUGCCCAAACAUAAAGUUGCACCCUCAGUGUCGUCUUCUUCCUCUGUGUCGGAUGCAUUUUGGCUUGAAAAUGUUUCUUACGAAUUUGAGUAGAGAGGCCGCUGAGUC